GUGUCCUUGUACUGGUUGUAGAUCAACUCACUACUCUCACAUCUGAGACUAUCUCAUACAUUGCUGGCACUUUCUUACCUAUCCGAUUUCCAACAUGCAUCUAAAGGGCAAAACCUUGACGGCAGGAGUCACUGCGGCUUGUGGCAUGGGCUUCUUACUCUUUGGCUACGAUCAAGGUGUAAUGGGAGGCGUCAUUGGCUCUCAUACCUUCGUUGAACAGUUCAAUCACCCCAGCGCCCUCACUCAGGGUCUCAUUACCGGACUAUAUGAUGUUGGGUGUCUCAUUGGCUCAAUCGCAUGCUUCUUCUUCUCGGAACCCCUCGGCCGGAAGAAGUCGAUUUUCGCCGGAUCCGUGGUAGUUAUCCUCGGCACGAUCCUUCAAGCAUCAGCAUACACGGUUGGUCAUCUAAUCGCAGGAAGGAUUGUGACUGGCGUGGGUGUCGGGGUCAAUACCUCAGUCGUUCCUACAUGGCAAUCCGAAGUAUGCUCUGCGAGCCGUCGGGGCCAGCUGGUCACAAUCGAAGCAGCUUUGAUCAUUCUCGGCCUGGCCUUCUCAAAUUGGGUUUGUUUCGGCGCUUCGUUUCAUACUUCCUCGUUCCAAUGGCGCGGUCCCAUUGCGAUGCAAUGCAUCUUUGCUCUGUACCUGCUGGUUACCGUGCCAUUUCUGGUGGAAAGUCCACGGUGGCUUGCGAACCACAAGAGUCUUGACGAAGCGGUCAAAGUCAUCGCGCAGCUCAAAGAUCGGCCAGAAGAUGACCCAGAAGUCGUUUCGGUCGCCACUGAUAUUAGGCAGGCACUAGAAGAAGAAAAGUCGUCGGGUUCGUGGUACGAAAUCUUCACAAACGGCGGCGAACAGAAUUUCAGAAGGAUGAUGCUCGGCUUUGGAGGACUGUAUAUGCAGCAGAUGUGUGGAAUCAAUUCCAUCGGUUACUAUCUUCCAGUGAUCUUGGAACAAUACAUUGGCCUGAGUAGCACACUCUCCUUGAUCCUCGCUUCAGUGGCCGCCACCCAAUUCUUCUUGGUAUCUCUCACUCCAAUAUGGUUUAUCGAGAAAGCCGGCCGCCGCAACUGUAUGAUUUGGGGAGCCGGAGCACAAGCAGUCGUCAUGGCUUGCUUGUGCAUUGGUCUUGCAAUCAAGUCAAAGGCAUCUCUCGCCAUGAUGGUGGUCAUGUAUUACUUGUUCGAUGAUGCCUUUGCCGUUAGCUUCCUCAACGUUCCGUGGAUGUAUGCUCCAGAGAUCAAUUCGUUGAAGAUGAGAGCAAAAGGCGGUGCGGUAGCAGCAGCAUCCAAUUGGCUAUUCAACGGGAUAGUCGUCACAGUCACUCCAUCAGGCCUUGAAAAUUUGGGUUGGAGGUACUAUCUCAUCUUCGUGGUACUCAACAUCUCUUUCAUUCCGCUGGUCUACUUUUGCUAUCCCGAAACCAAAGGUAUCACCUUGGAAGAGAUCGAUCACAUCUUUUUGGGCAAAGGACACGGCUUGAGCGCUUUGACUCAAGGCGUGCGAGAAAGCAUUCAUGCAAAGAAAUUGGUAGAGCGUUACGGUGACCACGAGGCCGAUGAGGAGGUGCCGACUUUCAGCGUGCAACUCAAAGACCGUCCGUCUAGCCACGUCGAGAACAAUGGAGACCUAUGAGGUCGAUGUGCCCAUUUGGCUUUAUGGUCAUGCUAUGAUUGAGCGGCAGUGCAUCAAGUAGUCCACUUUUAGACGGACGAGGUCAACUUCCGAGUAUGUCACUCAAGACGAUCUUGUUGACAUGUGCAGCUUGGCGAGGGAGAUAUGUUUCCUCAUUGUUGGAGUGAUAUGGAUUGGUCAUUUGGAGACUGCUGGGAUAUGGUUUUGUGCAAUUCUGCCUUCCUAUAUGAAUAUUGAUGUAUGAGGUAAAAGAUGCAGC